GAAGGCCGUUUUGUUGAACUGAAACAAGCUAUUGCUAGCCUUCCUGAGGCUGCCUGGGAGUUAGUUGGACCUAUGGAUAUGAGUUUUGAAGCCCAAUCAAUAUAUCUUGACUUCAUCCGUAUCGAUCGACAGAUCCGUCCAAUAGAAAUGUUUUAACACUUUGAAGCUCUGCCAUUUGUCUUCGGAGCUAGCCUCGAUGACAGUCUUCUUACUGCAUACCAGGUGAACGACGAACAAUUGCCUUCAUUGUUACAGCAGAUGCAAUUGCCCGAAGUCUGUCGCCAAGUAUUACGUCUGUUCGCAUCUGAGGCGAUGCUUUUGGUUCUUUCUGAGAUUACCAACACUCAUCUUUUUCCCAAGGAACAGAAGUCAAUGAAUACAUCGAGUGGCAGACCAUCAGGUCAGCCUUCUGCAAAGCAUCUUCGCUCAGAUAGAACAGAUGGUGGCGGGGCUAGCAGUAAGGUGCCCCAGCUAACAGCACCCUGCUUCAGACGCUGGUGUGCCGGCUCCUACUCAUUGCUGGCUGAUCAGUUCGUUGCUAGCCCCCUUGCUCGAUGGCGAGUAGAGACUUUGCUUCAUCUUUUGCCGCAGAGACCGUGGGUCGAAACACCGUCAAUCUGCCCAUCUCAUCCUACUUCUACUCUACCAUCUGAUGUCUCCCCUUCAUCUAAUAAUUUUAGGGAGCAGACGGACUUUGAAUGGCAAGAUUCGUGGGGCGGACAAACUAUCUACUUGGUUAAAGAUGAAGACGAAGAGAUUCUUUCCGUAACUCCACGAGACAACUCCUUAAGCAUCGCCUACAUUGACGAAAGCACUUACAGCUUUGUAAAGUAUCUGAACCAUGGACGGCCACAAUGUUCAGUGAGAUAUAAUCAAAUGAACCUGGUGGACUUGAGUGUAACGUACUUAGAGCUGGAGGGUACAGACAAAAUAGCGGAGAGCGAUGCUAUUGCGAAGAACUGCAGUGACAAAGAAAGUGAGGGAGAUUAA